AUGGAAAAGAUGUACGAAACUCGUGCGAUGUGGUCCCAUUAUUUCCUCUGGGAUAAGUUUUUCGGUUACAUAAGGACGACCUCACAGUGUAAAGGUAUAAAUUCUCUCAUCCGAUUUUAUGUUAAUCGCAAGAACACCCUCAUUGAAUUCAUGCAUAACCUGGAUAGGGCCUUAAAAGAGUAUAGAAACAAUGAAUUAAUAGCUAACUUUAAGUCUCAGUGCUCAGAGCCAGUGAUGAUUACCUCGUUGGAGGUAUAUGAAAGAUCUGCAUCAUGUUAUUUCACUCGAAACAUUUUCAAGGAAAUUUGUAAUGAGAUUCAGAGGGCAGGGGCUUUGAAUAUCAAGGUACUAAGCACAACCUUGGACAAGGUAGAGUUCAGUGUGACUGCUCUCGGAGACUCGGCCAAAGAUCGACAAGUGGAAGUCGAUAGAAGUAAGAAUCUGUUCUCGUGCUCGUGCAAGCUGUUUGAAUCACGUGGUAUUCCCUGUAGUCAUGUUUUCUAUUCCAUGAAGUUCGAAAACAUACUUGAGUUUCCAAAUUCGUUGAUCUACAAAAGAUGGACAAAGAAUGCAAAGAAUGAAUUUAUUAGCUUAGAAAUGCUUGUGAAUGAUGACGUCGAAAAGGUCUUAAAGUUUCGAGUUGGUGCAUUGGCAUCGAAUUGCAACAAGCUAUGUGAUAUUGCUUGCAAGGAUCUUGUAGACUUUGACGAAAUCCAGUCUAAACUUGUGAAGUUAGUUAUCCGCCUGCAGUCACGCAAACAAGGCAAGUCAACUCCUAAUGUUAACGUGGAAGGCAUCAACGAUCCCUUUGUUGUCAAAAGCAAAGGAGCCCCUUCCAAGAGGUCUUCUUGGAGGAAGAAGAGGGCAUGCUCUAAUUGCCACAAGUACGGUCAUUACUACAAGCACUGUCCAGAUCUGAUGCAGCAUAGUAUGCAAGGUAAUCCUUGCGAUUGA